AAACCGAGCCGAGGCGGUGCCGAGGACGCACGACGGACGGAACGGAACGGAACGGAACGGAACGCGAAGCCACGAACCCACCCACGAUGCCGGCCACCGAGAAGGACCUGGCGGAGGACGCUCCGUGGAAGAAGAUCCAGCAGAACACGUUCACCCGCUGGAUCAACGAGCACCUCAAGUGCGUCAACAAGCGCAUCGGGGACCUGCAGCUGGACCUGGGCGACGGCCUGAGGCUCAUCGCGCUGCUGGAGGUUCUGAGCCACAAGAGCAUGUACCGGAAGUACCACCCGCGGCCCAACUUCAGGCAGAUGAAGCUGGAGAACGUGUCUGUGGCCCUGGAGUUCCUGGACAAGGAGAACAUCAGGCUGGUCUCCAUCGACUCUAAAGCCAUCGUAGAUGGAAACCUCAAGCUGAUCCUGGGUCUGGUCUGGACUCUGAUCCUGCACUACUCCAUCUCCAUGCCCAUCUGGGAGGGCGAGGACGCAGAGGCAGAGUCAAAGACGCCUAAGCAGCGUCUGCUCGGCUGGAUCCAGCACAAAGUCCCCGAUCUGCCCAUCACCAACUUCAGCCAGGACUGGAGGAGCGGCAAAGCGCUGGGAGCACUGGUGGACAGCUGCGCCCCUGGGCUGUGUCCGGACUGGGAGACCUGGGAUCCAGUCAAACCAGUGCAGAAUGCGACGGAGGCCAUGCAGCUCGCUGACGACUGGCUGGGAAUCCCUCAGGUGAUCGCUCCAGAGGAGAUCAUCGACCCCAGUGUGGACGAACAGUCGGUGAUGACCUACCUGUCUCAGUUCCCCAAGGCCAAACUGAAGCCUGGGGCGCCGCUCAAACCCAAACUCAACCCCAAGAAGGCCCGAGCGUACGGACCAGGUAUCGAGCCCACGGGAAACCGGGUUCUGCGUCCCGCUGUGUUCACCGUGGACACAUUUAGUGCCGGUCAGGGUCCGGUCUCUGUGUAUUUGGAUCAUCCAGACGGCAGCAGGCAGGAGCUGAAGCCCGAGUUUAACGAGGCCAAGAAGACGUACAUGGUCAGCUACGUCCCUCAGGUCAUGGGACCUCACCAGGUGACCGUGCUGUUUGCAGGCCAGCAGAUCCCAAAGAGUCCGUUUGAGGUAAACGUGGACAAAGCUCUGGGCGACGCCUCCAAGGUCACAGUGAAGGGUCCGGGAAUCGAACCCGUGGGGAACGUGGCCAACAAGCCGGCCUACUUCGACAUCUACACGGCAGGGGCUGGAACCGGGGACGUGACGGCCAUGAUCACGGACCCUCAGGGGCACCAGAACAGUGUGGAUGUGAUGAUGGAGGACAAAGGCGACGGCGUGUACCGCUGCACCUACCGGCCCACGCAGGCCGGCCUGCACAUCGUCACCGUGACGUUUGGAGGAGUCGUGGUCCCAAAGAGCCCGUUCAGCGUGGAAGUGGGACCCGCCUGCCUGCCGUCGGCGUGCAGGGCGACGGGUCGAGGUCUGCAGCCGGCGGGUCUGAGGGUGAAGCAGAUCGGAGACUUCAAGGUGGACACGAGGAAGGCCGGCAGCGGAGACCUGAAGGUGGCCGUCAGAGGACCCAUGGGCAGCGAGGUGCCGGUGAAGCAGAUCUGCAGCCAGGACGGCGUCUUCUCCUACGAGUACUCACCCAGCGCUGCAGGCAAACACACGGCCUCCAUCACCUGGGGGGGUCAGCACAUCCCAAAGAGCCCGUUCGAGGUGGCGGUGGGACCCGAGGCCGGUCCUCAGCAGAUCAGGGCCUGGGGUCCCGGCCUGGAGGGCGGCGUCGUGGGUAAACCUGCCACCUUCGUGGUGGAGUCCAUCGGCAGUGACGUGGGGGUUCUGGGUUUCGCCAUCGAGGGACCCUCCCAGGCUAAGAUCGAGUGCGAGGACCGGAACGACGGGUCGUGCGACGUCAGCUACUGGCCCACGGAGCCUGGCGAGUACGCCGUCCACGUGACCUGCGACGAGGAGGACAUCGAGCACAGCCCCUUCAUGGCUUAUGUCGUUCCAGACGACGGCACCAGCAGCCCAGAGAAGGUCCAGGCUUUUGGGCCGGGGCUUAAGAGCGGCUGCGUGGUGAACCAACCUGCAGAGUUCACUGUCAAUGCAAAGAAUGCUGGGAUUGGACCUCUGAAGAUCACUGCUCAGCAUGCUGAUGCUCAUCCUGUGGAGGUCAAGGUGGCGUCUAAGGGCGACGGUCUUUACGCCUGCUCCUACACGCCCGUCACUCCCCUCAAACACACUGUGAACGUCGCCUGGGGAGGAGUCAGUGUUCCCAAGAGUCCAUUCAGGGUGAAUGUGGGUAAAGGCAGCCACCCCAACAUGGUGAAGGUGUUUGGUCCUGGAGUGGAGAGAACUGGACUAAAGGCCAACGAGCCCACACACUUCACGGUGGACUGUUCAGGAGCCGGAGACGGUGAUGUGAGCGUUGGCAUCAAGUGUGACGCAAACACAAUCAGUGACAAAGAAGCCGACGUGGAUUUUGACAUCAUCCCCAACGACAAUGACACAUUCACAGUCAAAUACGUCCCUCCUGCUGCUGGAAGGUUCACUGUCAAAGUCCUGUUUACUGACAAGGAGGUUCCACAGAGCCCCUUCCUCGUUAAAGUCGAUCCUUCGCAUGAUGCAUUGAAGGUCAAGGCAGAGGGUCCAGGGUUGGCUCGAGCUGGCGUAGAGAGUGGUAAACCCACUCAUUUCACAGUGUUGACUAAAGGAGCUGGAAAAGCGCCGCUGGAUGCGUCAUUCUCGUCUCCUGUCAAGGAUUUUGAAAUCAUUGAUAACUAUGACUACUCUCAAACUGUGAAAUACACACCUGUACAGCAUGGUGAGAUGACGGUCACGGUGAAGUUCGGCGGUGAUCCCAUCGCCAAGAGCCCGUUCACUGUCGGAGUCGCUCCGCCGCUGGACCUGAGCAAGGUCAAUGUGGACAACCUGGAUGGAAGAGUGGAGGUCGCCAAAGAGCAGCAGUUUAAAGUUGGCACCAAAGGGGCAGGAGGUCAAGGUCAACUGGAGGUGGCAGUGCUGAGCCCCAGUCAGCGAGCGGUGCCGUGUAAAGUGGAGCGUCAGCCCAGUAAAGCAGACGUCAGCCUGGUCCGGUACACCCCCACUGAGGAGGGGGUCCACGCUGUCAACGUGUCCUACGACGGUCACCCUGUCCCAGGCAGUCCCUUCCCUGUGGAAGCCCAGCUGCCUCCAGACCCCAGCAAAGUGAAGGCCUUUGGGCCUGGUCUGAAAGGAGGUCUGGUGGGGAAUCCAGCAGAGUUCACCAUCGACACCAAAGGUGCUGGCACUGGAGGUUUGGGCCUAACGGUUGAGGGCCCGACGGAAGCCAAGAUCGAGUGUUCAGACAACGGCGACGGGACGUGCUCCGUCUCCUACCUGCCCACCGAGCCUGGCGACUACCUGGUCAACAUCCUGUUUGAGGACGUCCACAUCCCAGGCUCGCCCUUCAGGGCUGACAUCCAGAUGCCCUUCGACCCCACCAAGGUGGUGGCGUCUGGGUUGGGCUUGAAGGGAGCCAAGGUUGGAGAGACCAGUGUGGUGAACGUGGACUGUUCUCGGGCUGGACCGGGCCAGCUCACCUUGGAGGCAGUGCCGGAGUCCACCUCAGCCAGUCCGACCGGUGCCGCUCUGGGCUCAGGAGUUAAAGCUAAAACCCAGGUGGUGGACAACAAAGAUGGAACCUACACUGUUACCUACGUGCCCCUGACCUCCGGCAUGUACACGCUGCUUCUCAAGUACGGCGGCGCGGCCGUUCCUGGUUUCCCCACCAGGGUGAAGGUGGACCCUGCCGUCGACACCUCAGGGGUCAAAGUGUUUGGACCCGGAGUUCAGGGAAAAGGCAUUUUUAGAGAAGCCACUACAGAGUUCACAGUGGAUGCUAGUCCGUUAACCCGGCGGGGAGGCGACCAUGUGAGGGCGGAGGUCAGGAACCCGUCUGGAGCACUGACGGACUGUUUGCUCACCGACAAGGCCGACGGGACCUAUGCUGUGGAGUACACUCCGUUUGAGAACGGCGUCCACAGCGUCCAUGUCCUGUACGACGACACGCCUGUUCCCAAGAGCCCCUUCAGGGUGUCUGUGUCAGAGGGCUGUGACCCCAGCAGGGUCGUAGCUACUGGCCCCGGGCUCCAAGGAGCGUUGACUGAGAAGCCCAACAACUUCAACAUCAUCACAAGAGGAGCGGGCGUCGGCGGCCUCGGCAUCACUGUGGAGGGUCCGUCAGAGUCAAAGAUGUCCUGCAAAGACAACAAAGACGGCAGCUGCAGCGUGGAGUACGUUCCUCUCACCCCUGGUGUCUACGACGUCAACAUCAUGUACGGAGGAGAGCACAUCCCCGGAAGUCCAUUUAAGGUCCCAGCAAAGGAUGUGGUGGACCCCAGUAAGGUGAAGGUGUCUGGUCCUGGUGUGGGGUCCGGCGUCCGCGCCAACAUCCCACAGUCCUUCAGUGUGGACUGCAGGAGGGCGGGCGUGGCCCCGCUGUCUGUAGCCGUCACCGGUCCUAAAGGCGUCGUUGAGCCUGUGGAGGUGAAGGACAACGGAGACGGAACUCGCACGGUGUCGUACAUGCCAUCGAUGGAAGGUCCGUAUUCUGUCGCAGUCAAGUACGCGGACGAGGACGUCGCCCGCAGUCCCUUUAAGUUUCGGGUUCUGCCCACUCACGACGCCAGUAAGGUACGAGCCAGUGGGCCCGGGCUGACCAGCGGCGUCCUCGCCAGCCUCCCUGUGGAGUUCAGCAUCGACGCCAAGGACGCAGGCCAGGGCCGGCUGAGCGUCGCCAUAACGGACCAGGAUGGAAAAUCCAAGCAGCCCAGUAUCCAUGACAACGGCGACGGGACAUAUCAGGUGUCUUACAUCCCUGACCGCACUGGUCGUUACACCAUCGUCAUCAAGUACGGCGGCGACGACAUCCCUCUGUCGCCCUACAGAGUCCGUGCUACAGCAGCCGGAGACGCAAGCAAAUGCACCGUCACCGGUCCUGGUGUGGGUCCCACGGUGGCGAUAGGCGAGGAGCUCGGCCUCGUGGUCAACACGAAGGGUGCUGGGAAGGGGAAGGUGAGCUGUGUGGUGGUUCAGCCCGAUGGCAGCGAGGUGGAGGCCGAGGUGCUGGAGAACGAAGACGGCACCUUCGACAUAUUCUACACCGCCCCCGCCCCCGGAAACUACGUGAUCUACGUCCGGUUCGGAGGAGAAAACAUCCCACGCAGUCCCUUCAAAGUCGUGGCCACUGACGAGGUCCCAAUAGUUCAAGAACAGACCUCGCGACAGGACAUGGCCGCUCCCCCUGGAGCUGGGUUCCAGCCCUGGGUGACGUCUGACGGCUACAAGCCAGUGAGCAGCAGCGUUAACGGCAGCGGCUUCAAACCCUUCGACAUGGUGAUACCGUUCUCCUUCAAGAAGGGACAGAUCACUGGGGAGGUGCUGAUGCCUUCAGGUAAAUCAGCUCAGCCGCUGAUCACCGAUAACCUGGACGGGACGGUGACGGUGCAGUACUCGCCCACUGAGGCCGGCCUCCACGAGAUGCACAUCAAACACAACGGCGCACACAUUCCAGAGUCUCCUCUUCAGUUCUACGUGAACCACAUCAGUAGCCCCAGCGUCACUGCCUACGGUCCUGGUCUGAGCUACGGCGUCGCCAACAAACUGGCCACGUUCACGGUCUACACUGAGGAUGCCUCUGAAGGAGGCCUGGACUUGGCCAUUGAGGGUCCCUCUAAAGCGGAGAUCAGCUGUGUGGACAACAAGGAUGGGACCUGCAGCGUGAGCUACCUCCCCGUCCUCCCUGGAGACUACAACAUCCUGGUCAAAUACAACAGCGAGCACAUUGCCGGCAGCCCCUUCACGGCCAGGAUCACGGAGGACAAACAGCGGCGCUCUCAGGUCAAACUGGGCUCAGCAGCAGAUUUCUCCCUGGACAUUCAGGAGACGGACCUCAGCGUCCUGACGGCCAGUAUCAGGUCACCGUCGGGACGGGACGAGCCCUGCCUGCUGAAGAGAAUGCCCAACAACCACAUCGGUAUAAGUUUUAUCCCUCGAGAGGUGGGUGAGCACCAGGUCAGCAUCCUGAAGAACGGCCGUCAUGUGGUGAACAGUCCCAUCAGCAUCAUGGUCGUGCAGUCGGAGAUCGGAGAUGCCGGUCGGGUGAAGGCUCACGGCGACGGCCUGGUGCAGGCAACGACCUUCAACAACGCCAGCUUUGUGGUGGACACGCGGGAGGCCGGCUAUGGAGGACUGGCCCUGUCCAUCGAAGGUCCCAGUAAGGUGGACAUCCAAACAGAAGAUAUGGAGGAGGGCACGUGUAGCGUCACCUACUGUCCCACUGAACCCGGAAACUACAUCGUGUCCAUCCGCUUUGCUGAGGAACACGUCCCAGGAAGCCCGUUCACCGUGCGGGUCACCGGAGAGGGUCGUAUCAGGGAGAGCAUCACCCGACGACAGAAGGCUGCCUCUGUGGCCAGUGUGGGCAGCGUGUGUGACCUCAGUCUGAAGAUACCAGCAAUAGACCUGCAGGACGUCACUGCCGAGGUCACCUCCCCCUCUGGAGCCAGGCACCCUGCUGAUCUGGAGGCCGUGGGGAACAACACGUACUGCGUGCGCUUCGUUCCCAAGGAGAUGGGCGUUCACAGUGUGAGCGUGCGCUACCGCGGCGUUCAUGUGCCGGGAAGUCCCUUCCAGUUCACGGUGGGGCCGCUGGGAGAGGGCGGCGCCGCCAAGGUGAGAGUAGGAGGUCUGGGACUGGAGAGAGCCUUCGUGGGAGAGCCAGCUGAGUUCAGUGUCUGGACGAGGGAGGCGGGGGCCGGGGGUCUGUCCAUCGCGGUGGAGGGACCCAGCAGGGCAGAGAUCUCCUUCGAGGACCGCAAAGAUGGGUCGUGUGGCGUCUCCUACAUCGCUCAGGAGCCCGGCGACUAUGAGAUCUCCGUGAAGUUCAACGACCAGCACAUUCCCGACAGCCCCUACCUGGUUCCCGUCGUGGCUCCUGUGAACGACGCCCGCCGCCUCACUGUUAGCGGUCUUCAGGAGUCUGGUCUGAAGGCGAAUCACCCAGCAUCCUUUGCAGUGCGUCUAAACGGAGCACAGGGUAAGAUGGAGGCCAAGGUCCACAGCCCCUCUGGAGCUCUGGAGGAGUGUGUGGUCACAGAGCUGGAGAAAGACAAGUACGUGAUCCGUUUCAUCCCCAGGGAGAACGGCGUCCACUUCGUUGACGUCAAGUUUAACGGCGCUCACAUCCCAGGAAGUCCGUUCCAGGUCCGAGUGGGGGAACCGGGGCAGCUGGGAGACGCCAGCCUGGUGUCUGCGUAUGGACCUGGACUGGAAAAAGGCACAACAGGUUCCCAGUCAGAGUUCAUCAUCAACAACACUAAGGCGGGUCCUGGAGCCUUGGCCGUGACCAUUGAGGGUCCGUCCAAGGUGAAGAUGGACUGUCAGGAGGUGCCAGAGGGCUACAGGGUGCACUACACCCCCAUGGCCCCUGGAAACUACCUGGUCAGCAUCAAGUACGGAGGCCCCAACCACAUCGCUGGCAGUCCCUUCAAGGCCAAGGUCACGGGUCCUCGACUGGUGAACGUGACCAAUGCCAGCGAGAUGUCGACCCUGACCGUGGAUCCUGUGGUACAGGCGGCCAGCAGCAGUUUGGUCCAGAGCCUCAUGCCCUGGAUGGGUGACUCUGACGCCAGCAAGGUGCAGAGCCGCGGUCCUGGCCUGAGCCGGGCCUUCGUGGGUCAGAGGAGCAGCUUCUCUGUCGACUGCAGCAAAGCUGGUAAGAACAUGCUCAUGGUGGGCGUGCUCGGUCCUCAGGUCCCCUGUGAGGAGGUGCUGGUCAAACAUGCGGGGAACCUGCAGUACAACGUCAGCUACCUGCUGAAGGAGCGGGGCAACUACGUCCUGGUGGUGAAGUGGGGCGAGGACCACGUCCCGGGCUCCCCCUUCCAGCUCUCCGUCCCCUGAAGCACUGAGAACCAGUCCUCCACCAUUGGGCAUCCCUCUGAACGGGAGCGGAAACAUGGCACUGAGAACAACCAGUCAAAUCCAGUAAAAGCCUUAACAAACCCUUUAGGGCUGAUUUAGUUUUCACAUUAAGUAUUUUAGGGGUUUUCUGCCUUUCUGCAAAAUGCUCUGGAAAAAUAAACUGGACUCAUUUGAAUAGACACGUACUUGAGUGGUUGGUGUGGGAGAUGUAAAUAGAACGGUGGGAAAUGUGCCACCCAGGUUAUUAUUGACUGGUUAUUAUUGGUGACCUUUGCACUUGACACACACUUUCUAGUGAACUAGAGAUUGAUAGUUUUAAAUAAGAAUUUAAUCUGCACAUCUCCAAUUAUAGAACUGGAAUUAGAAAAUAAGUGGAUCUACACUACACAACCUAAUCUUUCACGUUACACUAGGAUCCGGGUGAAAGGGACGAGCAGCUGCUGUUUUGAAUCCUUGAGUUUAUUGUAGGCAGUAAAGGAUAAUUAACUGGAUUGGAUUCUGUCGCUGAUGUUUGUGUGAUGAACUAGUGCCAAACUGUACAACUACUGAUUUCCAUAGAUGCCAAUGGCUUUUGAAGCUGCCUUGAGAUCUUUUCCUGCGCUCCACUCUUCUGUUCAGUGUCACUGUUGGAAUUGGUUUGUAUAAAUCUGAGGAUUCUGUCUUUGUCUUACCUGGAAGUUGUCUGAUUUUUGUAUAAGGGGUAAAACAUACUGUAACUGUCAUUUUGUAUUUGGGAUGAGGUGUUUUAAUGUGAAACUUAAUCUUGCAAUGAUGUACAUUUGAUAAUUAAACUCAACUGGAAAUAAG